AUGGCAGCCAGGGUCGAUCUCGUCGACGGCAAUGGAUGCAUCCCGCAGGUGGUGACCGAGCUGUGCCACAUCAAGGAGCUGGUGAGGCAGCAAGAGGUGCAUCUCGACGGCUCCGCGCCCGACCUCUGCAAGCACCUCGCCUCGCAGAUCUCCUCCAUCGCCGACCGUUCCAUCAGCAUGCUCAGCGACGCCUCCGACGACCCCAUCUUCAUGGCCACCAUGAAAAGGAACAAGAAGAGGCAUCAGCUGAGGGUGAGCAAGGCGGACCUCCUGGCCGGCGACGGCCACAACUGGACAAAGUACGGCCAGAAGGAGAUCCUUGGAGCCAAGCACAGAAGACUCCACGGCCCAAUCUCAUCUGCACGUGGUCUUAGCUAG